AUGGAGAACGUCCAUCGCAUCCUAGCUGAGCUAUCAGGCGAAUCGCGUCACAUCACGCUCCGUCGCGCUCUCGAAGAAAAGACCCGCGACCACCUCCGAACCGUGCUCAUGAAUGAAGAUUACAGCGCCAUUGAGAAGUGGUACACCUCGGACGUGACCAUGGUCGUGGCCCUCGACGCAACCCUGGACGGCGAGGUCCUCUACGGCCAAGAAGAGGUAAUUCAGUACUUCAAAACUAUCCACAAGCAGGUCGACAUUGGAGUUGUCCCUGUUCUCACGAUUUCCGACCGAGGAAGAAUUACCUGUUAUGCCGAGAGUUAUUACAGAUGGAUGGGCUGCGGCGAGCUCUCAGUGCCGCCUUUCGUGGGCUGGCCAGUGGUUUCUCGCGGGGAUGUACUCAAAGUUCGGGAGGUCGUCGUCUUUGAUCUCAACGAAGAGAUGAAGGUCAGGCGUGUUGAAUGGAGAUUCAUGGAAACUGAAAGUCUCGGACAAGUUAGCAUCGAGGGUUCUGCUAAGGAGAGCAUGAAGCUCAUGGCACUGAUUCAGGGGGAUGUCUGA